GCUGGAUGCUUCACUUUCAGGUCUCACUGCGUUUAGUUCCAGUACUCAAUUUACAAGACGGUAAAGCAGAUGCACAUUGUCUGGUCCUAUUUGGCUAUGAAUAAGAAAUAAAGCUUCAGCGCAAAAUUGGGAUUCCGUUUUCCCAUCGUGUGUAAAUGGUAWCAACCCAGCUCCACACUCGGAUGCUUUGUCUUGACACCUGUUAGAUGAAGAGCCAAAGAAGACGUUUAAAACAACCCUCCAAUGUAGGGUGGCUGAACAUUGCUGCUAUUGCAUGAUUUUUCGUCGCGGUUGGACUGAGAGAGAAUACGGUCAACACAAUGGAAAGUAGUACACUAAAUGAGCAGGACUUUUGGCCAUUUAACGAAUCAUUGGGGAACUCAACCCUUGGCAACGGGACCACCGGGGGAAAUCAAACAAACCCCCUGAAACGGAAUGAGGAGGUGGCUAAAGUGGAGGUGACUGUGCUCGCCCUGGUCCUGCUCCUGGCGCUGGCUGGGAAUCUGUGCGUCCUGGUGGCCAUUCACACCACCAAGCACACACAGUCCCGAAUGUACUACUUCAUGAAACACCUCAGCAUCGCGGAUCUCGUUGUGGCUAUAUUUCAGGUCUUGCCACAACUUAUCUGGGACAUUACUUUCCGUUUCUAUGGACCCGAUAUCCUGUGCAGGUUGGUGAAAUACUUCCAGAUCGUCGGGAUGUUCGCAUCUACCUAUAUGCUUGUUUUGAUGUCUAUAGACAGGUGCUUGGCGAUUUGUCAGCCGCUUCGGUCUCUGCACAAGCGAAAAGACCGUUUCUACGUGAUUAUCUCCUGGGUCCUCAGCCUAGUGUUCAGCAGCCCACAAAUGUACAUUUUUUCCCUGAAGGACGUUGGCUCUGGAGUGUAUGAUUGUUGGGGUGACUUCGUGGAACCCUGGGGUGCCAAAGCGUAUAUAACUUGGAUUAGCCUUACCAUCUACAUCAUACCAGUGGCCAUCCUGAGCCUAUGCUAUGGACUAAUAAGCUUUAAGAUAUGGCAAAACUUUAGAAUGAAAACCAAGAGGGACCAGUGCAUAAGCCUCACCCCGAAGACUUCGAAAGGUCAUGCGCUCGCCCGGGUGAGCAGUGUAAAGCUCAUCUCCAAAGCGAAGAUAACUACAGUUAAAAUGACAUUUGUCAUAGUUCUGGCGUAUAUCGUUUGCUGGACUCCUUUCUUCACUGUGCAGAUGUGGACGGCUUGGGAUCCAACGGCGCCUCGAGAAGCCAUGCCCUUCAUCAUCUCCAUGCUGCUGGCCAGUCUGAACAGCUGCUGUAACCCAUGGAUCUACAUGUGCUUCGCAGGCCACCUGUUCUCAGACCUGAGGCAGAACUUCCUGUGCUGCUCAGCCCGCUAUCUCAAGUCCUCCCAAUGCCACUGCGAACGUGACCAUGACUCCAGCCGCAAGAGUAACUCCUCCACCUACGUCAUCAAGAGCACCAGCAGCCAGAGGAGCAUCACACAGACCUCCACCACAUGAGACGCCCUCCUUCCAACAGUAAC